AAAAACAAUUUCUGAUAAAUUGAAAAGUGCAAUAAAGAACGAAACUUGCUGUACAAACAAAAGUCAAACAGGAUGUCCAAAGUGACUGUGCAGGAUAUAGAGGCCGUCGACGAUUAUUGGGGGCCCACAUUUCGUUCCAUACUAGAGGGUAACAAUAGCAAAGCUAUUAGUGAACAAUUGGAUCAGCGCAUACGCAGUCAUGAUAAGGAAAUUGAGCGCAUAUGUAAUCUGUACUAUCAGGGAUUCAUAGAGUCCAUACAGGAGCUGUUGCAGGUGCGCACACAAGCUAAGCAGUUGCACGAUGAAAUACACUCCUUGGACACAUCCCUGCACCAGAUGAGCGCCUCCCUUAUUCAACAAGGCAAUGAAUUGGUGCGGGCACGGCAGAUAGAAUCCAAUUUGGCCAGCGCCAUUGAGGCGCUCAAAUCUUGCCUACCCGCACUGGAGUGCUAUCUGAAGUUCACGCAACAAACGAGCAACAAACAAUAUUAUCAAUCCCUACGAACACUUGAGACGCUGGAGACGGAGCAUUUGGCACAUUUGCAGAACUAUCGCUUUGCCACACAAAUGCGCCAGGCCAUUCCGGUUAUCAAGGAGAAUAUCAGACGUUCGGCCGAGUCCGAUUUUCGUGAAUUUCUCGAAAACAUACGAAAAUUUUCGCCACGCAUUGGCGAGGUGGCCAUUAAGCAUAUAAAGCAGCUACAGAAGCGCGACAUAAAUGCAAUUAUAGAGGAGCAUAAGCAGCAGGCAUCGAAUGGUAGUGGAGGUGGAGACGAUGAUGGCGGUAAUGUGAGCGCCCAGGAUUUGAUUGAUUUCUCACCAAUUUAUCGCUGUCUGCACAUCUACAUGGUGUUGGGACAGCGCGAAUACUUUGAGAAGGAUUAUCGGCAGCAGCGUAGGGAUCAGGCCAAACUGGUGUUGCAACCACCGCCCAAUAUGCAUGAUAAUCUGGAGGCUUAUAAGACCUAUAUAUGUGCCAUUGUGGGCUUCUUUGUGGUCGAGGAUCAUGUAAAAAACACAGCUGGUGAUGUGGUUACCAGCACCUAUCUGGAGGAUCUGUGGUCUACUUCGUUGACCAAAUUUGUCAACGAGAUUAGCAUGAGUUCUUCCUCUUGCACAGAUCCCAAUAUUCUGCUGCGCAUCAAGAAUCUGAUUAUGCUCUCCAUAAACACUUUCAAAUGCUACGGCUACACAGUCAACAUACUUUGGGAGUUGUUGCACAAUAUGCGGGAUCAUUAUAAUGAGGUGCUGCUGCAACGUUGGGUGCAUGUUUUUCGCGACAUACUGGACAAGGAACAGUUUUUGCCGAUGAUUGUGGAAAACACGGAAGAAUACGAAUCAAUUAUAGAACGUUUUCCAUUUCACUCCGAGCAGCUGGAGAACGCGCCGUUUCCAAAAAAGUUCCCCUUCUCACGAAUGGUGCCCGAAGUUUAUCAUCAGGCCAAGGAGUUUAUGUAUGCGUGCAUGAAGUUUGCUGAGGAGUUGACGUUGUCGCCCAAUGAAGUGGCUGCCAUGGUACGGAAAGCGGCCAAUUUAUUGCUCACAAGGAGCUUCAGCGGUUGUCUUUCAGUGGUAUUCCGUCAGCCAAGUAUUACACUCACCCAACUGAUACAAAUUAUAGUCGACACGCAGUAUUUGGAUAAGGCGGGUCCCUUUCUGGAUGAGUUUGUGUGUCAUAUGACCAAUACGGAACGCAGUAUUUCACAGACGCCUUCGGCCAUGUUCCAUGUGGCGCGUCAGGAUGCCGAGAAGCAAGUGGCUGUGCGAAUUUGCUCGAAAGUCGAUGAGUUCUUCGAGCUGUCCGCCUAUGAUUGGUUGCUGGUCGAGCCGCCGGGCAUAGCUUCGGCCUUUAUAACGGACAUGAUUUCAUAUUUGAAGAGCACCUUCGAUAGCUUCUCCCACAAGCUGACGCACAUCGCCCAAGCUGGUUGUCGACGUACUUGCGAGCACAUUGCCGAUAAAAUCUACUCCAUAUUGUAUGAUGAGGAAGUUAAACAAAUCUCUACGGGUGCCCUUACCCAAAUCAAUCUGGAUCUGAUGCAGUGUGAAUUCUUUGCCGCCUCUGAACCCGUACCUGGUUUGCGUGAAGGCGAACUUACUAAAUAUUUUCUACGUAAUCGCCAAUUGCUAGAUCUCCUAAUACUCGAAGAAUGGAGCACCUAUUUGCAUGACUACGGCAAGCAGGAUAAUCGCUAUCACUUGGUUCAACCGCAGUCCAUUAUUGUUAUAUUGGAGAAAAUACGUGAGGCAGAUAAGAAGCCAAUUUUCUCGCUGGUGCGCAAAAAUGAUAAAAAGAAACUGUUGGAAACGGUGCUGAAGCAACUCAAGCAUCUCGCUGAUCGCCAGAGUUAGAUUCCACAUACAAAUACAUUCUACUUAUUUAUGUACUCGUACGCAAGUAGUUUUUUAUUUCAUUUUAUUUAUGCUAAUUUGAGUUCCCCACUUGUACGGGAAAAAAAUGUCUAAAUUUAUUAUUACUAUUGCGUUUUGUUUUGAUUUUCGAUUUGUUUUUAUAAAAGACAAAGUUUCUCUAAUAUUCGCAUGCAGCAGCCGCUAAUACGAAUUUUAAUUUUUUUUAAGUAUAUAUAGAUGUUGAAUUUCAAAUUUUAUAUACAAGGAAAGCGCAGCAGUAAAAACUGAAGAAAACUCACAAA